AUGAAAGAGUACUUCGAGAUUUCAAACGAGAACUCAAAGUUAUCUCGUGCUUAUAGAACUUGGAUCUCAAUCCUUAAAAAUUGGAAGUAUAGAAUUGGUGCUACAUCAGCAACGAAAUUUCGUUUCACAUCAUGCAACAAGCCUAAGAUAUGUUCAGCUUCUGAGGAUGCUACUGAGAUAUUGGUGAUAUCACCAGUUGUAACUAAUAAUCCUUUGAAAAGUAUAAAUUCACAUAGCCAAGACAGUGAACAACCCUCAAGAAAUCUUUUUAGCUGUUUAUAUAACGCACUCAGACCUCUAAAUAUAUUUGAUAAUAAAAAAUCUGAUAGAACUUGUAACGAGUCAGAUCUUACUAGAUCUGCAACAUUUAAGUGCCCAACUAUUCCACGCAGAAUGCUUCGUCUACUUAGACGAAAAAGGAAAUAUAAUAAAGGUUCAUCGAAAGUAAAGCUAAUUACAGUAUCAAACUUUUAUGAAAAUAUUGAAGGAGCUCGCAGAAUGAGCGAUGAAAGACUUCAACGUGCUUACAAGUUCUAUGAGCAUAUGUUGCAAAAAGUCCAACAAAGUGCAUACAGUGACAUUAUAUCCUUUUUGGUUGAAAACUUUGAAGAUAGAGACAUUCUCAUAUUGACGAAAUAUAUAUCUAGUUCUGCUCAUACCAAAAGUAUAGAAAAUGAAACUCUUGAUAAGCUAUAUAAUAUAGCUUUUAGCACUAAUGAGAACCAGCAGAAAAGUUUGAGUACAUUAUCUAUACUAAAUGAUAAUACUACAACUGACUGUCACUCUCCUUAUCACACUCUAACUUCUGAAUUACUAGAUGAAAAUAUUGAUGAUGGGUAUUGUAUAUUUAAGAAAUACAAUGACUAUUUUGAUGAAAGUGACAAAGUUUCAGCAACAUUAUUAGUUUUGGCUAAUACAACAUACGACAAUGUAGAAGCAGCAGCAUCUAACCUAGUUGCGAGAGUGAGUUUCACAUCGCUGGAACUGAGUGAUACCAUAAAGGAUUGCAUAAAAAAAGGUAUAAUUGACGCAACCAGUGGAAAAUACAAGGGAGCAGGUAGUUUAAAAUAA